CUGACUAGGCUGGGCGGUUUGUCUCUGUCACUGACACCCGAGUGCCCAGAGACUGCCUGGCUCUGGGUGGGGACUCGGCACGUAUUUCUCCACGUAGUGAGAGCAGACAUUCUCGUGAGAGAGAGACGAACAACACCCAAAUGAGCAGGGAAACCCGGCGGGAGAUACCUGUCUGAGGGACAGGGAGAGGCCGUGCUGAGGAAUGAGCCAAGUCCAGGGAGACAACCCCAGCCCCACCUCUGAGCAGGUGAAAAUGGACGACUUGGAGUCGGACUUCAACCUGAAGGUCGUCCUGGUCAGUUUCAAGCAGUGUCUCAACGAGAAGGAGGAGGUGCUGCUGGAGCACUACCUCGCCGGCUGGCGGGGGCUGGUCAGGUUCCUGAACAGCCUGGGCGCCAUCUUCUCCUUCAUCUCCAAGGACGUGGUGACGAAGCUGCAGGUGAUGGAGCGCCUGUGCAGCGGGCCCCAGCGGGACCACUACAGCAGCCUGCAGUCCAUGGUGGCCUACGAGGUGGGCAACCAGAUGGUGGACCUGGAGCGCCGCUCCCGCCACCCGGACUCGGGCUGCCGCACGGUGCUUCGGCUGCACCGGGCGCUGCGCUGGCUGCAGCUCUUCCUGGAGGGCCUGCGCACCAGCCCCGAGGACGCGCGCACCGCCGCGCUCUGCACCGACUCCUACAACGCCUCGCUGGCCGCCUACCACCCCUGGAUCGUCCGCCGGGCCGUCACCGUGGCCUUCUGCACGCUGCCCACGCGCAAGGUCUUCCUGGAGGCCAUGAACGUGGGGUCCACGGAGCAGGCCGUGGCCAUGCUGGGCGAGGCCCUGCCCUUCAUCGAGCACGUGUACGACAUCUCGCAGAAGCUCUACGCCGAGCACGCCCUGCUGGACCUGCCCUAGGAGCCAGCGGCCCGGCUCCCCUGCCCCGGAGCCAGGCUGGGCAGCCAGGGCCCCUCAGUCCCACCGUGGAGCUUUCUGGGGGCGCCCGGAGCAGAAACGCCGCUGUUCCCCCGCCCGCGGAGCUUGGGGGGAGCCAUGGGCCUGGCGCGGCCCCCGUGGGCUGCAGACGGAGAAGGCGGGCACCGGCCGGCCGGGUGGGUGGGUGAAGGGCAGAAGGAGGGAAGGUGGGGCAGGAUCGGAGUUCACGCCAAAGCCCAAGAGGCUGCCCUCGCCUGUGAGUCCAGUCUGCGCAGCCGGAGAGUCCCAGGUCCCCAGAGAGCAGACUCCUCACCCGCCGACGAUCAGCGAGAGUGUGCUGCUCCUGCCCUUCGGGUCCUGGUGUCGGUGGCAGGUGGGCUGCCUGUGGCCCCUCUAACCAGGCUGGCUGUCCCUGGGGCAGGGAGGGAGCCUGGGCAGCAUUAGCACUGCGUCUCGUUCCCUGCCCCCCAUCUCCGUAGCCGGGGCCCAUACACCCCCCGCAAGGCAGCGGGAGCACAGGCUGCCCUGCCUCCAGCUCUGCACGGCUGCAGCCUCCUGCGACCACACUGCUCCCCCAGGCAGCUGCUUGUGAGUCUGCACAGCUCAGCCCGGGAGCCCCCGCCUGCUGGGCCCGCCGGCCUCCCUGGCUCCCAGCACUGCUGCAUCCCCUCUCCCUGCCCCGUGCUGCCCGUCCCCAUGGAGCCCAGAGACCCAGGAUGCACAACAGAGCGGGGCCUGGACCUCUUGCCUGACGGGCUGGCAGAUGGGCUCACCCAGCCUGGCCUGCCCACUGGCUCUUCACUGUAACCUCAGGACCCUGGUGCCACAGCUUUGCCGUGCAGCGCUCGCACACGAGUGUGAGCACGAGUAUGAGCUCGCGGGGACCCUUGAACACUGCAAUACGGGUGAUAAAUAAAUUACAGUUACAGAAGCA